CCUCUCUCCUCAGCAAGCGAUGGCAGUCUCGCGCUUCUCCUAUGUGCGGUCCUACGAGUCCUCCACCGCGGUGCUGCCCAACACGUACAUGAUCGUGCGUCUGGACGGCAAGGGCUUCCAUGCCUUUUCCACGCUGCACGCCUUUGCCAAGCCCAACGACGUGCGCGCCCUGCUGCUCGCCAACCGCGCGGCCGAGGAGGUGGUGCGGCGCAUGAAGCCCGACGUGACGCUGGCGUAUGGCGAGAGCGACGAGUACUCCUUUCUCCUGCGUCGGCGCUGCACUCUCUAUUCUCGCCGCGCCUCCAAGCUGCUCUCGCACAUCACCUCGCUCUUCACCGCUGCCUACGUCUCCUUCUGGCCGGCCUACUUUGACACACACUGCCCCCUGCGCGACCUGCCCAUCUUUGACGGCCGCCUCGUCGUGUACCCGACGGAGCAGGAGGUGCGCGACUACUUUGCCUGGAGAGGAGCGGACACGCACAUCAACAAUCUCUACAACACGACCUUCUGGGCCUUAAUCCUCCAAGGUGGCCUCUCCGAGCGCGAGGCGCACGCCGUGCUCAAGGACACGCUGGCGGCGGACAAGCAUGAGAUUCUGCAUGGACGCUUCGGCAUCAACUACGAUGCGCUGCCCGCCAUGUUCCGCAAAGGCACGACGAUUGCCUGGGCACCCGCCGCUCCCGCACCCGCGGAGCAGGGCGCCGCGGAGGAAGCCGCACCCCCCGCGCGCGAGGCAAGGGGAAAGAAGAAGAUGAAGAUGCAGUGUAGGACGUUGCAUGUGGAUGUGGUGGGCAGGACGUUUUGGGAGGAACCGAAGGAGAGGGAGAAGGAGGCACACGCAGAGCGCAAGACAUCUAGAGGAGUGCACGUGCCGGCAGCAACCUCGCCCUCGCCCUCGCCUUCGACUUCGACUUCGACAGGGACUGCGGCAGACGCUUCCACCUCGACUCCACACGCACCACGGCCGCAGCCGCAGUCGCAGUCGCAGCCGCAGUCGCAAGAAGAAGAAGCAGGAGACACGCAGGCGUGCCUCUCGUCGGCCUCUGCUGCAGAGCCACCUUGCGCCUCUGCAUCUGCCUCUGCCUCCUCUGCGUCUGCGUCUGCAGCCUCAGCAGAGCCAGCUGAGCCAGCAGAGCCAGCAGAGCCAGCAGAGCCAGCGAGCCAGCAGAGCCAGCAGAGCCAGCAGAGCCAGCGCCAGCGCCGUCUGCUGCUGCUGCGGCGGCGGUGGCGGGCGCAGCACAAGGCGCUCAAUCCUCGGCACCUACGACCGCGACAGCAACUCCUCCUCCUCCGACGACGACGACGAGCGACGCAGCAGCAGCAGCAGCAGCAGCAGCAGCAGCAGCAGCAGCAGCAGCAGCAGCAGCAGUGGGCGUGGCAGUGGGAGGGGCAGAUCUAAGGUGCCAUCUAGACGUUGGGCGCACGCAAGACGCAGCGGGUCUAGGCUGGCUCGCAUUGCGCGCCUGAGAAGCAAAAGAGAUUGCCGCCCCACUCUUUUUCUCCUCCAAAAGGGAACCAAGGAUCCCAAGGGCAUCGCCCACGCCCCUCUCUCUCUCUCUCUCUCUCUCUCUCUCUCUCUCUCUCUCUCUCUCUCUCUCUCUCUCUCUCUCUCUCUCUCUUCGCCAAACAAAGCAGCAAGCAAGCAGCAGCGGGGGCUGGCGUCAUACUCCUCUUUGGGGGGCGCGGGGCGCGCUUCGCACGUCGUAGGUUGCAUGGAGAGAGAAAAAAAAAGAGCCAGGGCGCCGCGCGUGCCUUGCCCGAACCCCCACCAUCCAUCCAUUUCCCCCUGUGCUCUCCUCACCCGACUUCCUACUUUUCACUGAAUGUCGCAAAACCCGUCCCACUCACGCUACGAGCUGCGAAGAUUCGAUCUUCGAUUCGUACAAA